CUCCAUUGACAAACGACAUGAAAUACAUUAGACUUGACAGUGGAUGUGAGCAAUAACAAAAGAUUUUGAAUAGAAAAUUUCGUAACUCACCUUUCCAAGCACAAGAUAGAUUCCUGCCGAACGAGGACCUGUUUCACCCAACCAGCAACGAAGUAUUUAUAAGCCUCCAAGCUCUUGAAGUUUUUCAAAUUUUCGUGGGAAUAGGCUGAUUUUGUGUGGACAAGAUCAUUGUAAAUAUCAGCGUAGCAGAUGUCAGGCAGACAGGGCGAAGACAGUGGGUCGAAAAACAUCGAUUUGGGCAUCAAAUAUGGAUCUGGCGACUGUAUAGAACGAAGCUUUUCCACAUAACGCCUUUUAUGCAACACAUCCAGUGAGUUUACGGCAUCAGAAAGCACCGGGUCUUCCAUGAAAUGCAUUUUAAAUUCCUCGAUCAAUUGAAAACAAUGCUAAUACAGAGACAAAAUGACGGACAAGUGGGCGGAACCACACAGCGAGCACGUGGUUUUGUGACGUCGGUGGGUAGGGUCUAUAACCUUUCGCAGCAAGGCAUAAUUUCAUCAAAAUAAAAAGGGAAAUUCCAGAAGUGGAAUUGCAAGAAAAUGUAUCAAAUGAUUGCUGUUCGCCCUCCCAGUCCAAAUAGAUUGGACGUCUAUCGUCGUCGAUGGCAGUGAAUGAGUUUGGAAUGAGCGUAUCUGAGGUGGGAGUUUAUUCAUGAAUCAGAAAUAUCAUAAUAUGUAAAAACAAAAACAAAAAACAAACUUUAUUUCACAGUGGCAUCAUAAGAGAAUGUCAUAAGACCAUCAUAAUUAUGAUAUAACUAUGUCAUUAGCAAAGGUGGGUAGAGUAGCCAAAAAUUUUACUCAAGUAAGAGUGGCAUUACUUCAAAAUAUUACAAAAGUAAAAGUAGUCAUCAAAAAAUGUAUUAAAGAACAAGUAAAAAAGUAUUUGUUGAGAAGAAUACUCAAGCAAUGAGUAACAUUGUAACUAUGUUUACAAUGUUUACAGAGUUACUAUGUAACUACGGAAAACACAGACAAGGCUGAAAAAGCAGGUUUCUGCUCUUGCACCCCUCUUUGUAUUCUAAGCCAAAAUAACUGUUGUGUUUGAUAGAACAAUAUGUUUAUAUGCUGCCAUAGCAGAUUCUUGGCGCAUUAAGCCCCUGAAAUAUUUUUAAUUUGUCCGUUUUACCCUGGAAACCCCCGUUUACAGACGUCACGCAACCGCUUUUGUUUCAACAUAGCUAUAGAAAGAAGGUAAGUAAUCGUUUUUUUUUUUUUUUUUUUUUGCUUUUAACCAAGAAUCAAGACUGUUUUGUCCAUAUCUAUAAAGAAUUCAGGGAUUUAAGCAUUCAUUCACAAGAAUUUUCACCGGAAAAGCUCUGUUUACAUAUGGUGGCCACCACAUUGACUGACAAACUAGCAUCGUACUUCAACAUAUUUACGCAAAAUAAAUGCAAAUUGCAGUUUUUUUUUGGCUUUUAACCAAGAAUCGAGACUGUUUUACGUCCAUAUCUAUAAAGAAUUCAGGGAUUUAAGCAUUUAUUCACAAGAAUUUUCAACAAAAAAAGCUCUUUGUCUGUGAUUCCACUCGGUCAGCUUUGGCAGCCACGCCAACGAUGCAGGCCCUCUAUUAAUCGGCCCCGCACCCCGUGUCCCGUCAAUAUCAUUAUGAAGUCUAUGCGCCAACGUAGAAAUGGAACUCGUUUGUAACCCGAGGACUACCUUUCGUCCAGUAAAAAGGAAAAAUGUAAUAACUAUUGUAGCCCAAAGUAGUGGAGUAUGAUUAGCGUUUCUUCUUCACAAAUCUACUCAUGUAAAAGUAAAAAGUAUGGCAUAGUAAAACUACUCUUAGAAGUACAUUUUUCUCAAAUAGUUACUCAAGUAAAUGUAAUGGAUUAAAUGUAAUGCGUUACUACCCACCUCUGGUCAUACGCAUUAAUGAAUGCGCAUGACUGAUGUCAUUAAGUAUCACUUUUGAAUGGAUGUAAAACAUGCAGACUGGACUUAAAUGGAGUUAACGACAAAAUUUGCUGGAUGACACGUAAUGAAAUCUGUCAUAAGCAUUCAUUAAUGCUCAUGACAGUGACAUGUUUGACACCUUUGUCAAAUAAAGGUUGACCAAAAAUGUUACAACAGAUGCAGAAAUGGCGUCUAUCACCGUCAAUGGCUCUGAAACAAUCAUGAAUUUGAUGUCCCUAUGAGUAAUUGGUACCAAACGGGCAAAAACGUUUUCGCACAAAUUGUCAGGAUGACAUCCUGAACAUUCUCUUGAGGGAAAACAAACACCCAUGGGUGGGCGCCCCUCUCCUCUCCCAUGGGAACUGCCAUUUAUUUGCUCGAAUUUGCAACAGAAAGCUUUUUGCUGUGUGCCGACUGUUAGGGAAUGUUCUGUUUGGUCUUCAAGCCAUGAAAAGAAGUGCAAACAGCACUUCAUGACCCUCCUCUUCCCCACAAGCUCUUGAAUGGCCUCCAGGAGGACAUCGCCACACUUGAAGAAGCGCUGAACCUUCUCCACACGGGUCAGAUUGGACCCGGGCCAAAUAGGAUCUCACCCUGUCGCGCUCCAUCCGGAUUUAAACCAACCAUGAGGAUAUAAACGAAAUUGGUCGCCGGAACGUGAGCGAUGGAGCUGCAGUCGCGUCUUCUGGAGUCCGCGUUGAUCCACUUGGUCAGCGAUGUGAACCUGAUGGAUUUUACGCCGACGCAAGCGGACGAUAACCCGGACGAACGACCCGCGAGCGGCGCCAGAAGGUCCAAGAGGAGAAGAAUCAUCACGAUGGUGCAAAGGCAGGCGGCUAACGUGAGGGAGCGAAAGCGUAUGUUCGGGCUGAACGAGGCUUUUGACGCGCUGAGGAAGAAAGUGCCGACGUUCGCUUAUGAGAAGCGGCUUUCGCGUAUCGAGACCUUGCGCUUGGCUAUCGUCUACAUCUCCUUUAUGAGGGAUCUUUUGGAGAACACUUGACGUUCAGCUAGAAAUGGACAAUCAACAAGUCAAGAGCCUUGGAAAUAUACUGUGAGAUGACUGCAAAAUUACCAAAUACGUCAGCAUUAAAAGUAGCGUUUAAAUUAGUAGUCCAUUGCAUUACCCCCUAAAAUUUCUAUUUAACUUUUCAUGCACAAAUUGUUUUUUUUAACCCUUUAACUCACUUGCUGCCAUUGACGGCACUAGAUGUCCAAUCCAUUUUGACUGGGAGGAGGGAAUGAACGUUCUGGAUUGGACGUCCAGCACCGUCAAUGGCACUGAAACAUGAGCGUUCAUAACCAGUCUUCUCGGUUUAAUGACUGGACGUCAAUUGCUGUUAAUGGCAUGAAAUGUGUUAAACAGUACGAAAAAAAAACUUUAGAGCAUUACAUUGGACCGUAACAGUGUGGGUUUCUUGUUUUUAAUUUUUGUUUUGAGUAACAUUAUCUUAAUUUAUUCAUUAAUAAAUGUUUUAAAAAAUAUUUGUAAUUAUAUAGUCACGUUGUACUAUCACGAGACAAAAGUUGUAAUAGUACUUACCCUUAUGUAAUAUUAAGAGAAAAAAGUAAUCCUACCCAAAAUUAUGGAAAAAAAAGUCGUAACAUUACGACAUUUAAGUUGUAAUACAGCAUAACUUUAUAUAAUAUUACGAGAAAAAAGUCGUAAUAUGAGAAAAAAUAGUUAAAUUUACAAGAUUAAACUAGUAAUACUACAUUACCUUAUGUUAAAAUAUGAGGAAAAAUGUAAUUAUAUAACAAGAAAAACUCAUAAUGUUACGACAUUUAAGUCGUAAGACAACGUAACUUUAUGUAAUAUUACGAGAAAGAUGUUGUAAUAUGAGAAAAAUAAUUAAAUUCACAAGAUUAAACUAGUAAUACUGCGUAACCUUAGAUUAAAUGGAGAAAAAUGUAGUUAUAGAAAAUAUUACAAGAAAAAGUUGUAAUAUUAUGACAUUUAAGUCGUAAUACAACGUAACUUUAUGUAGUAUUACGAGAAAAAAGUCAUGAGAAAGUUAAAUUUACAAGAUUAAACUAGUAAUACUACGCAACCUUACGUUAAAUUAUGAGGAAAAUGUAAUUAUACAUAAUAUUACUAGAAAAAAGUCGGAAUAUUACGACAUUUUAAUUGUAAUACAACAUAACUUCAUGUAAUUUUACGAGAAAAAUGUAAUAUUACGGCAUUUUUAAGUCGUAAUCCAAUCUAACUUUACGUAAUAUCAUGGGGAAAAAAAAGUUGUAAUAUGAGAAAAAAGUCAAAUUUACGAAAUUAUACUACGUAACCUUCCUUAAUAUUACGAGAAAAAGGUAAUAUCACAAGAAAAAAAAGUAUCAUGGGAUCAAAGUAUUACUUUAUGUAAUAUGUAUGGAUGCUGUGCGGCUAAUUUAGCUAAAUUUGCUACUUUGUACUUUACAUAUACGUAGCGCUUUAGAACCAAAAUCCUUAAUCUUUUGGCACUUGUACAUCAAAUUAUUAUCAAAAUAAGGAUUACAUUAAUACUUCGUCAUAGCUCUUAAUAUAUUUGUUCAUUUUAACCGAGGUGGUUCAGCACUACGUGAAGUACGUAGCGGCUAGUUUAGCUGAAUUAGCCACAUUGCAUUCAUAAAUAUUACGUAAUGUUAAAUGAUGUAACAUUACUUCUUUUUUUUUCUUCGUAAUAUUAAGUAACAAAACGACUUUUUUUCCUGUAAUAUAACAUAAAACUACUUGGUAAUGCGAUUUUAAUCCCGGAAUAUUGCAAUUUUU